AGGCCGCGGCGGGAGCGGGUGCGGGCCGGGCUGGAGGCUGGGGCUGAGGCGAAGGCGGCGGCGGCGAGGCGGCGGCGAGGCGGCGGCGAUGGCGACGCGGGGCCCAUGAGGCGGCGGCCGGCGGGACGGGCCGAGGCCCGGCGGAGGAGGCGGCUCCGGGGAAGCCCGCCGCCCGAGAGAUUCUGGAGAAGUUGUAAGCAAAACAUCAUUUUUCUAAGAAUAUUCUGGAUAACAGAGGUUUCGGAUAACAGGGCAAACCUAUCCAGUCACCAUGAGUUGGAGCUUCCUGACACGGCUGCUAGAGGAGAUCCACAACCAUUCCACCUUUGUGGGCAAGAUCUGGCUCACUGUGCUGAUUGUCUUCCGCAUUGUCCUGACAGCAGUCGGAGGAGAGUCCAUCUAUUACGACGAGCAAAGCAAAUUUGUGUGCAACACAGAGCAGCCAGGCUGUGAGAACGUCUGCUAUGAUGCCUUUGCACCCCUCUCCCAUGUACGCUUCUGGGUGUUCCAGAUCAUCCUGGUGGCAACUCCCUCGGUGAUGUACCUGGGCUAUGCCAUUCAUAAGAUCGCCAAGAUGGAGCAUGGCGAAGCGGACAAGAAGGCGGCUCGGAGCAAACCCUAUGCGAUGCGUUGGAAACAGCACCGGGCUCUGGAAGAAACCGAAGAGGACCACGAAGAGGAUCCCAUGAUGUAUCCAGAGAUGGAAUUAGAAAGUGAAAAAGAAAAUAAAGAGCAAAACCAACCUAAACCCAAACACGACGGCCGACAACGGAUUCGAGAGGAUGGGCUCAUGAAAAUCUACGUGCUGCAGCUGCUGGCAAGGACUGUGUUUGAGGUGGGCUUCCUGAUAGGGCAGUAUUUCCUGUACGGCUUCCAGGUCCACCCGUUCUAUGUGUGCAGCAGACGUCCUUGCCCUCAUAAGAUAGACUGCUUUAUUUCUAGGCCCACUGAAAAGACCAUCUUCCUCCUGAUAAUGUAUGGUGUCACCGGCUUGUGCCUGCUGCUUAACAUUUGGGAGAUGCUUCAUUUAGGGUUUGGGACCAUUCGAGACUCACUAAACAGUAAAAGAAGGGAACUGGAAGAUCCGGGUGCUUAUAAUUAUCCUUUCACUUGGAAUACGCCAUCUGCUCCCCCUGGCUAUAACAUUGCCGUCAAGCCGGAUCAAAUCCAGUACACUGAACUCUCCAAUGCUAAGAUCACCUACAAGCAGAACAAGGCCAACACGGCCCAGGAGCAGCAGUACGGCAGCCACGAGGAGAGCCUCCCCGCCGACCUGGAGACUCUGCAUCGGGAGAUCAGGAUGGCUCAGGAACGCCUGGACUUAGCAAUCCAGGCCUACAACCACCAAAACAAUCCCCAUGGUCCCCGGGGGAAAAAAGCCAAAGUGGGGUCCAAAGCUGGGUCCAACAAAAGCAGUGCUAGUAGCAAAUCAGGGGACGGGAAAACCUCCGUCUGGAUUUAGUCUUGACUGGGCUUAAAACUUGUGCUUCUCGUGGCUUAUGGUAAGCAGCGGCUCACUGGAUGGCGACUUCCACUGAGUAAACAUUAGGCUCUGGUUAUCUUCAGGGAUGCUGUUGGCUCAUGAUCCAAGCUCAGGGGACUCUGAAGGCGAGGCCGGGACAGGGGGAGAAAAGGGGAAACACAGUGUUCCUGGGCAAGUAUCCCAGCAGUGAUACAGUUGCAGAACUUUACGUUUGUGUCUUCCAGAUCUGGAAAAGAACAGAUAUAUUUAAAUCAUUCUUGUUGAACAGUUUUUAUAUGUACAGUAUUAUGGUACGGUUUUUUUUAGUAUGAGAAAUUUUUUUGUAUUUGUACAUUGGACCACUGUAGUUAUACUUUUAUAUUAAAGGGGAAAAAUCCUUGUAGAUAACGCCUAUUAGGCUAGUGUUAUUACUUUGUUCAGCAAAUUUCAGCCUGGGUUUAAAAGUUUUAAUAGAUGUAACACGUAACAAAAGUGCCUCUCAUGUUGCAGGGCCGAUUUCCGACACCUUUCCGACAUGUGAGAAGACAUAGGUGGAAGUCCUGGAAAAGUGCUCAAUAGAAGGAGGUCGAGACCUUCUCUGCUCGAGAAGUCUUGAGAUCUCAUUCAUGUGCCCUGAGCUGUAGUCAGUCUUUGAAAAACCUAUUUAGAUUUUCAAAGGAGAUUAACGAUUCACGACAGAAUUCCUGUAAAUACCAAGCAUUGCCACUGUGUGCUUUGAUGAUGAUGUGUCUCUAAUUUAAGUUCUUCGAGAAGGCUGAUGCGCGGAGUCUGGGAUAUGGUCAGGGUAUGAAAUCCUGACUGGAGUUGUUACUAAGAUUCGUCUAUCACAAAACAAAAACCAUGCCUGAAAAAUGAAUCCUGGUAGGAUGUUGAGUUGUGGACUGGUUUGAUUUGCCUUAAAUAACUAUCCAGAAACCUGCCUCUCCAGUUUCUUAAGAAGCCAGCAAUGUCUAUAUUCUUUAUGUGCUAACAUUAGACAUGCAAAAGUUCCCCUUUGGGCCAACAAUACUCAAAAGUACUACAUAUGGCAAAAGACUAAAAUCAAAUUCCUUAUUUUUAAUAACUUACUGUGGGACUAAUACAAUUUACCCAUUUCUGCCGAUAUAAGAGUCUUUAUGAAAGAGUGGUCAGGACUGCAGUUCUGUCUGUAAAUAGACCUAGAGAGAAUUUCAGUCUUCAUUCCCUGUAGGCAUGUAGACAGGCGUUAGUAUCCACACCACAUGUCACUUGCGUAUUUCAUUGCCAUCUGCAGCCUUAUGUUGGAGAGCUCGACCCUCCUGUAAUGCUCGUUUGUCUUAGAGUCUGUGAACGUCUGAGGAGGUCAAUGGUCAAUAGAAUUCAAGGAAGGCGCCUUUGCACUACCAAUGAACGUUUCAUUUUGGAUGUUUCACUCUUACAAAAGCUGUUGCAAGCCACCUCUGACUGAAAUUCCAGAGGUACUUUUUUUUUAAAUGUCUUAAUUUUAAGAUGCCAGUUUUUUAUUAUUGGAAUCCCAGAAUGCUACUGUUCUUCCUUCCUUCCUCCAUCCCUC